AUGAAUUGCAUAUUGCUUUUAUUUAUUUCAUUUUGUGUUGGUGAGUAUUGUAAAGAAGAGAGAGGUGAUGAUGUUAUGAUCUACAUAAACAAGACAUGUACUGAUUCUACUUUAACUUCAGAUGUAUUAGAAGGAGAUUAUACUAAAUAUCCAUCAGUUAUUAUUUCAGUUAAUAAUUAUUAUGGGCAAUUUUCUUUUGGUUCAAUAAGUAAUACAUUUAAAGCAAAUAAAAUUAUUGUAAGAUUAGAAGAAGGAAUUAGUAAAAGUUAUUAUCUCAACUUUAGAAACAUUGAAACAAAUUUUGAACUUGAAUUAAUCAAAAAUUCUUAUUCAUUUGAAAAUGUUACAUUUACUUUCUUUAAUGGAAAUAGUCCAACAAGAAUAAUUGGAGGUGUUAAUGAGUUGUGGGUUAG